AUGGAUUACGCCACCGAGAAAAAAGUUCGCCCUCUUUAUGAGGCUAUCGAUGAAGGGCAAAACAAGCUGGCCCUUCAACAUUGUGCCAAAUUACUGAAGAAGAAUCCCGAUUGGCCUUUAAUUAAGGCAUUAAAAGCGCUUGUUCUCGUUCGCAUAGGAAAAGAAGAAGAAGCCUUCGAUCUAUGUCAACAAGUGAAAGCUGUUAUACCUACAGAUGAACCUACACUACAAGCUUCUAGCAUGGCCCUAAAAGAACUUGGAAAACACUCGGUUAUUGUUGAAUUGUACGAGAACGCUGCUAACCUACAACCCAAGAAUGAAGAAUUUGCCAACCAUUGGUUUAUGGCUAUGGUUCGUAAUAGCGACUACAAAGGUCAGCAAGCAGCUGCUGUCAAGCUUCAUCGACUCUUCAAGCAUAAUAAAUAUUUGUUCUGGGCUAUUAUGUCACUUGCCCUGCAAGGAAAUGACAGAAACAAAAUAGCCUAUACAUUAGCUGAACGUAUGAUGGGCAAAGCAAUGCAAGAAGGCCGAUUAGAUCAAGUAGAACAUAUGCGAUUAUUUUUAUUGAUAUUAAUGGAUCAGGGAAAAUACAAGGAAGCGUUGGAAUUGCUUGACACUACUUACAAAGAGGAAAGCGACAAAAGCAGUAAAGGACUCAAUUUAGCAGAAAAGGCUUUGAAAGAUCCUGAGAUUCGUCAGAUCAAAUCAGAGCUUUUGCGUGAAAAUCAAUGUUGGGAUGCCGUAAUGGAGAUGAGCCGGGAAGUGCUGGAAAAAGAAAAUUCAGAUGAUUGGUUCCAUUGGUUGGCUUAUUUUGAAGCUAUGGAUGCAGUAGUUAAGGAUAAUGAAAAUGUGAUAGCGAAAACAGAACAGUUAAUUGAAGCGACACAGAAAGUUAUGCUGAAUAAUCAAAAGUUUUUGAAGCGUGGACCCUUUUUAGCAGAAUUAGAGUUGGAUUAUAGAUUAUUUAAACUCGGCAAGAGAGAUGAGAAUACGGUUUUGGAACAUUUAAUCAGUUAUUUUGAUAGAUUCGGAUCUAAAAGCUGUGUUUUUGAAGACCUACAAACCUAUGUCGACUUUUUGAAAUCAGAUACUGAGAAAGCAACGUUCCUUCUCAACCAAUUCAAAAGUACCAUUCAUCCAACAAGUGAAAAAGCAGCUCGUAUAAAAAACGUGUAUAAGAAUGUCAAUAUUAGAAAGCUUGAGCAUGUCCUUGGAUUACAUUCAAUUGUCAACCAGGAACAAGCACUCAGUUUAGUUACUGAACUAUGGAACGAGUAUCAAGAAGCAUUACCAUUAGGUGAACAUUUGGAAAAGACUGAAAUGCAAUUCGGCGAUGAAUUUGUGAUAUUAGCUAGUCAUGUUCUAUUAGAACUGUAUCAUCAACAAAACAAGUAUAAUGCCUACUUAAUUCAAGCAAUCACUUUAUUGGAGACUGCAUUAACGAAGAGUAUUCAUAACUUUCAAAUGAAACUGAUUUUAGUUCGCAUGUAUUUAAUGCUUGGCGUUUAUACGCGUGCUUUUGAGAUUUAUAGAACAAUGGAGAUAAAACAGAUUCAGUUCGAUACAAUGAUCCACUACUUUACAGAUAAAUUUAUCUCACUCGGUUGUAAUGAUCAAUUGGAAUCUAUUUUUUACGAAUCGUUAUCAAUUUAUAAGAGUAAUGAGGUCGAGACGCCAGAAAUGCUUGUCAAAGCUUACCAAUUUGGCACUUUUUCAAAGAUUCAAGAAUUUAUUGAAUUUCGUCGUCGCUUGGAUACAUCCUUACAGCAUACUAUCACCAACAUUGAAACAACACGAAUGGGCUUCACUCAUUCUUCCUUUCAAACAAAGUAUGCUAUUCAGUAUUUCCAAGAACUUGAUGUUGCUAGCAUUGGCUUUACGGAAACCUUUAUUGCUGAACGUUCCGAUAAUCGUGACUUUAAGGUUUUCAGUAACUUCAAUAACGAGGAUCAAACUACUGCUGAGACAUUAUGUAAACCUGUUAUGUCAUCAUCUAAUCCUGUUUGGGCUCAAAUCUUUGGUUAUGUAUUGAAUAUAAUGAGUGUUGUUUGUGAAACGAAAGAUACCAGUAGGGCUUUAUCUGGUUUAGUGCAGGGAUUGAAGCAAAGCUUGGCUAAAGAGAACAUCAAGGCCUUUAUUACAGAAAAGGAGCUUAGCUUGGCUAGUUAUGUUGCAGAACUCGCUGAAGCGUUAGAUUGUAUCAAGAACAGGGGAAAUAAUGAUGACGCAGCGAAAACUCUCCAGGAAGCCAAUGACAUUUUGAAACACCAAUUGAUGGAUGCCGGUUCAUUCACUGAAGAAAAUUCCUGUUGGAGCACGUUCCAUAGUGUUUCUAUCACUUUAGAGGCAUUCAACUAUGGGUCAGUCUUGAUAGAGAUGCUAAAUCGUGCACUAGGUUUAAAUAGUAAAGACGCUAGAAGGAAGGCAUCGGAAAAAGCAUCAAGCGAUCUGUUUAUGGCUAGCUUUAUUGAACUCCAAGAGACAGCUAAAAACUCAUUGUUAAACAUUCAAAAGAUAUCGCGCGAAGGCAAAAACUUGUUUAAGUUCCAACUACAGAAAAGGCUAUGUAAGGCUAUACUAGCACCAGAUAAUAGUGCAACCGCAAGCUUUUUGAAAACAAGCAAGGAAUGUCAAGAUAUGUUGACGAACAAAAUAUUAAAAGAUAUGGUCCAAAGUUGGAACUUAUCUGUAACCCAGCUUUCAGACGAAAUUGAUAGACGUGUACAAAAGUUGUAG